GCAGCAUUUAUUAUUCCCACCUAUAAUUUCAAGCCUUUCCUUUCUUAUAUAAUACUCCUAAAGUCUCCCCAGUUUUUCCACUCAAUUCAUUUUACUUGCAAUGGAGUACUUCAUUUUCACAGCUUUCGCCUUUCUCCUCACAUUUUUCAUCAUCCUGUUAACCCAAAAAACCAAAUCCAAGAACCUGAAUCUUCCUCCAGGUCCACCGGGUUGGCCGGUUGUCGGCAACCUUUUUCAAGUCGCCGGUUCCGGUAAGCAAUUCUUCGAAUACAUUAGAGAUCUCAAACCUAAAUAUGGUUCAAUUUUCACACUCAAAAUGGGUGCACGUACUAUGAUUGUUAUCACUAGUGCUGAUUUAGCUUACGAAGCUUUAAUCACAAAGGGUCAAAUUUUCGCUACCCGUCCGAAAGAAAACCCGACCAAAACAAUCUUCAGUUGCAACCAAUUCACCGUCAAUGCAGCGAGUUACGGUCCGGUGUGGCGGUCCCUUAGAAAAAAUAUGGUACAAAACAUGCUUAGUUCGAGUAGAUUGAAAGAAUUUCGCAAUUGUAGAGAACUGGCUAUGGAUAAAAUGAUCGAAAGAAUUCGUAUGGAUGCUGAGGCCAAUAACAACGUUGUUUGGGUGCUGAAGAACGCGCGUUUCGCGGUGUUUUGGAUUCUUGUGGCUAUGUGUUUUGGUGUUGAAAUGGAAGAGAAAAUGGUUGAAACUGUUGAUCAAACGAUGAAGGAGGUUUUGGUUGUGCUUAAUCCCAGGGUCGAUGAUUAUCUUCCGAUGUUGAGCUUAUUUGUUGGUUACAAACAACGUAAAAGAGUUAAAGAAGUUCGUAAACGACAAAUCGAAACCCUCGUCCCUUUGAUCGAGAAACGUCGUAAAGCUGUACAAAAUCCUGGGUCCGACAAGACUGCAGCCUCGUUUUCGUAUCUAGACACUUUGUUCGACGUUAAAGUCGAAGGUAGAAAGUCAGGACCGACAAAUCCAGAGCUCGUAACACUAUGUUCGGAGUUUUUGAACGGUGGGACCGACACGACGGCUACGGCAUUAGAGUGGGCCAUAGGGAGAUUGAUCGAAAACCCUAGCAUACAAGAUAAAAUGUACGAGGAGAUCAAAAAAGUAGUGGGUGAUAAAAAGGUUGACGAGAAUGAUAUGGAAAAGAUGCCCUACUUAAACGCUGUUGUAAAAGAGCUUUUACGUAAACACCCACCAACAUACUUUACACUAACCCAUACAGUAACAGAGCCAGUUAAAUUGGGCGAGUAUGACAUACCUAUGGAUGCUAACGUGGAGUUUUUCACACACGGGAUUUCUCAUGACCCGAACAUUUGGUCCGACCCGGAUAAGUUUGAUCCGGAUAGGUUUAUAUCCGGGCGGGAGGACGCGGACAUAACGGGUGUGAAAGGGGUGAAGAUGAUGCCAUUCGGGGUAGGGCGAAGGAUUUGUCCUGGCUUGGGUAUGGCAACGGUACAUGUGAAUUUGAUGUUGGCGCGAAUGGUUCAAGAAUUUGAAUGGUUCGCUUACCCGAAAGAUAGUAAAGUGGAUUUUAGUGAGAAGUUGCAAUUUACUGUGGUGAUGAAAAAUCCUUUAAGAGCUAAGGUUAAACCAAGAAUGUAAGUGGUACUCAUUAAGAUUAUAAGUCUAAAAUAUGUUUAAAAUACUUUUCACGUUUAUUUUUGUUACAUAAAUUUCGUGUUGGAUUGGUUUGUGGGAAAUUGAAGGAAGGUGGUGACAUUCUCAAUAUAGGAACAAUAUUCCACUACCUUUUCAUCAUUAUAAAAUAAUUGUGAAGCUUAUUUCUAUUUAUUGGCAUCUCUUUUAGAAUUGAUUUGUCAAGAAUGAAAUGUAAAGAAAAGAAUAAGAUAAAUGCUUUGAGCUCAUAACACUUGUUUGUUUUCUUUUCAUUUGACUCUGUAUUCCUUUGGAACUUAUGUUUUUUGUUAAGGACACAAUUUCAGGAACAUAUGUACUAUUUCGUCAUCAAAUCAUAAGAAGAUUAUAUCAA